AUGGACGCCUCCACCACUGCAACGGGCGUCUGGCCCCAGUCUACCGACGACUACACCGAUUACAUUUCCAACCCCGCCAACGUCAACUUGGACGAGGUCGUCGAGUUGGGCCUCAUGAAACAGGUCGUCUGCUAUAUGAACGCCGGCGGGCCCGAAUACGGCGGAAGUCUGGGCGUGCACAUCUCCGCCAUCUUCGUCGUCUUGGUCGUAUCGACCGCCGUCACCUUCUUCCCCGUUAUGGCUACCCGGAUAAAGAAGUUCAAGAUCCCCCUCUACCCUUACCUGUUCGCUCGUUACUUUGGUGCUGGUGUCAUUAUUGCGACUGCUUUCAUCCAUCUUCUCGACCCAGCAUACUCAGAAAUCGGCCCGCAAACAUGCGUGGGCAUGACCGCAGGAUGGGAUCAAUACUCUUGGGUACCAGCCAUCGCAUUGACGUCUGGCAUGGUGGUAUUCCUCAUGGACUUCUACGCCGAACGUUACGUCGAGAAGAAGUACGGACUUGCCCACGCUGGUGCCGCCCAAGGUGGUCACCCAGGUGAUCCACGAGUGCGCGCCGAAUCGGUCGAUCUUGGUAUGAUGCAUUAUCAACUCGACAACAGCAGCCGCCGCCGUUCCACCCACCAGGCUCUCCACUCCGCCGACCAAGACCCACACCUUAGGAACGACCUGCAACAAGGCCUCGGCAACACCAACAACGAGUCAAAGACCAUGGAGGACGGCUACACUUCGGGUGACAGCCUCAGCGAGGAAAUGGAAGAGCUCAACAACAGGGCCUUCCAGCAGCAAAUCGCCGCCUUCCUCAUUCUCGAAUUCGGUGUCAUCUUCCACAGUGUCAUCAUCGGUCUGACCUUGGGUACCGCCGGUGACGAGUUCGCAACUCUCUACCCCGUCAUCGUCUUCCACCAGUCCUUCGAAGGUCUCGGUAUCGGCGCCCGAUUGUCCUCUAUCCCCUUCCCCAAGAAGCUUCACUGGAUGCCAUGGAUCCUCUGCCUCGCCUACGGCCUGACCACCCCCAUCUCCAUCGCCAUCGGCCUUGGCGUGCGCACGACCUACAACUCAUCGAGCAACACCGCGAACAUCGUUUCCGGCAUCCUCGACUCCAUCUCCGCCGGUAUCCUGCUCUACACCGGUUUCGUCGAGCUUCUUGCGCGUGAUUUCCUUUUCAACCCAGAGCGCACCAACAACGACAGGCAGCUCCUUUUCAUGAUUGCUUGCGUGCUUUUGGGCGCGGGUAUCAUGGCUCUGCUGGGCAAGUGGGCCUAG